AUGUCAUUUUACAACAAUGGAGUUCCAAUGGGUGGUGCAGGAGCAGGUACAAAUAAUAGUGGCUUUUAUCAACCUUCCACUCAAUUUGCAUUCCCACAAGGUUCUAUGUCCUACCAAGGAAAUGGUCAAAUGAAUGAUGGUCCCGGUUCUGGUGCAAUGGGUGUUGCCCCUGAUCCAUUACCCACCGGUAUAUUGAAUGCUCUAUCUACAAAGGGAUACCCACACGAACCACCUCUAUUAGAAGAAAUUGGUAUCAAUUUCGAUCAUAUCCUUACAAAAACCAAGAUUGUUCUCAUCCCAACUCGUUCCAGUAAUGUAGUCUCUCAAGAAAUAUUGAAUGAUGCUGAUUUGGCUGGUCCAUUAAUAUUCUUCCUUCUCUUCGGGUUAUCACUAUUAUUAGCAGGUAAAAUCCAUUUUGGUUACAUCUAUGGUGUGGCUUUAUUUGGAACCGUUUCACUACAUAAUCUAUCCAAACUGAUGGGUAAUAAUCAAAAUAUGAACGCUAGUAAAUUAAAAUUCUUCAAUACUGCAUCGAUCCUCGGAUAUUGUUUCUUACCACUAUGUUUUCUAGCAUUAAUUGGAAUGUUCCACUCAUUAAACGAUACUUUAGGCUACGUAUUAGGGACUGUGUUUGUUCUAUGGAGUACCUGGGCAUCAUCUGGCUUCUUGAACUCGUUAUUACAACUACAUAAUGCUAGAGCUUUGAUUGCUUACCCACUGUUGAUUUUUUACAGUGUGUUCGCUCUAAUGGCUAUAUUUGUAUAA